CCCUUAUAUGUGAAUGACAGCAGUCAAGAUGGCGGACGGCAAUAGAGAAAAGUGAUGAGGACAGGACAACAAAUGAUACAACUAACCUCAAUUUAGACAUUCAAUAUCUUAUAAUUAUACUCACUGUUCACCGGAUAUUUGCGAAAACGUUGCGAAUUAAUCAGACUUGUGUGGAAGGUGCGCAGAACCUAGUUUGCGCUUAUGUUAAAGAUUUAGGUAGCUAGCUAGCCAGCUGCUAACGUUAUCUGCGGAAGAAGAGGCACGUUGCAGCCAAAAAACAAGCACUGUUUUUGAGCUGAUUGCGUGGUAGACUUUUGUAAAUUCGGUCACCGAUUAUAAUACCUAUAACGCAAGGUAACGUUAGCUUGGCAUAAACAGCGUUGCGUUCUCCGAUUUGGGCUUGCUAGAUAGAAAAAAUAGCUAAUCGAGUUCGCUAUCUAGCUAGCGUCAACUGAGUGAGGAUUUUUUUUUUUUACUGACGACAUGGCUCACUCCCCGGUUCAGAGUGGCAUUCCAGGGAUGCAGAACUUUAAAGCUGAUCCGGAGGAGCUGUUCACCAAGCUGGAGAGAAUAGGGAAAGGUUCUUUUGGAGAGGUGUUCAAAGGCAUUGACAAUCGGACUCAGAAAGUAGUGGCCAUUAAGAUAAUUGACCUUGAGGAGGCAGAGGAUGAAAUCGAAGACAUCCAACAGGAAAUUACAGUCCUCAGCCAGUGUGACAGUCCCUUCGUUACCAAGUAUUAUGGCUCAUAUCUGAAGGAUGCAAAAUUAUGGAUUAUUAUGGAAUAUUUAGGAGGAGGAUCAGCUCUGGAUUUGUUGGAGCCGGGUGCCUUGGACGAAACCCAGAUAGCCACAAUUGUCAGAGAGAUCCUGAAGGGGCUUGAGUACCUGCACUCUGAAAAGAAAAUCCACCGAGAUAUUAAAGCCGCCAACGUGUUGCUGUCGGAGCAAGGAGACGUGAAGCUGGCAGACUUUGGAGUGGCGGGGCAGUUAACGGACACUCAGAUAAAGAGGAACACGUUCGUGGGCACUCCGUUCUGGAUGGCACCUGAAGUCAUAAAACAGUCUGCGUACGACUCAAAGGCGGAUAUCUGGUCGCUAGGCAUAACGGCCAUAGAGCUAGCCAAAGGAGAGCCGCCCCACUCAGAGCUCCACCCUAUGAAGGUCUUAUUCCUCAUCCCAAAGAACAACCCGCCCACACUGGAAGGAAACUACUGCAAACCCCUCAAAGAAUUCAUUGAAGCCUGUUUGAACAAAGAGCCCAGCUUUAGGCCAACUGCCAAAGAGCUGCUGAAACACAAGCUGAUCGUCCGGCACGCCAAGAAGACAUCCUACCUUUCAGAGCUGGUGGACAAGUACAAGAGGUGGAAAGCAGAGCAGUCUCGGGAGGAAUCCAGCGACGAUGAGUCGGACUCGGAGCAGGAUGGCCAGGCGUCUGGAGGGAACGACUCUGGGAACGAUGACUGGAUCUUCAACACCAUCAGGGAGAAGGACCCCAAGAAGUUUCAGAAUGGAGCCGCCCAGCCUGAUGAGCUGGAGAGGAACAAGGUGCAAGAAAGUCCAAAGCGGCCUUUGUCACAGAGCUUGUCCACUAUAAUUUCCCCUUUGUUUUCUGAGUUAAAAGAGAAGCAGGUUGAGGCGACCAAUGGCAAGCCAGAGGCUGUAGAUGAGUUGAGGGAGGCCAUUUUCCUGGCAGAAGAGUCAUAUCCUGGCAUCUCUGACUCCCUGGUGUCUGAACUAGUGCAGAGACUACAGAGGUUCUCUCUACCCGGGGCCGCCGCCUCUCAGUAAGACCUGCUGUGUCCAGCAACCAUCCACCUCCCACCCAUAGCAGCAGUCAGUCCAUGGCCUCUGACAUCAACAGCCAAGAUGAAGUCUCCCAGGAAGUUCUCAUCACUCAUUCGCCUAAAGCAAAACCUCGACCCACUUUAUCUCUACUUGUCCACGCCAACAUAUUGUCACAUUGGGGACAGUCAGUGGCUAGUUGAUAAUCUGCCACCUUAACUUCCACCUGCUGUAAGACAUCUUAGUCUCAUUAACUCCAACAUGAAUGCAGUUUAUUUUAGGGGGGGGGGGAUUUCAUUCACAAUUCUUCUAAAAGAACCAUUGAUUAAAAAAAGUUGGUGUGGAUUAUUCCGAAAUGUCUAUCUGCAGCCUUGGGGGAGUAUGUAACUUUCUUUAGUUUGUGUGGUUGUGCGAGUCAGUGUGUGCGAGCGCAUGUGAGCAUCUCCCUUGAUAUCCUGUGAAAUGUGCGGUGGAGAUUUGAAGCAUUCGUUUUGAAAACUCAGGUGUCCUGCUUUAAGUGGAUGGGGUCCUCUGGGAGAUGGAGAGAGCUCUGUUGGGUGGCUGUACAAACUUGUAAAUAGGCACAUUUUUACAGAUAUGGAGAAAUAAUGGCGUGUACGCAAAGGAAUCACUGUGUACAAAUGGCCAAAUGCUUCUGUAGAUAUAUUCUGUUAGAAAAGGUAAAUAUUUAAAAGACAUAAAUGGCCAUAACUGAGAUUGCCUUGCCUUUAUUACUUGUUCUUUUGUAUUUCAAUCUUUGAUUCCCUCUUGUUUUAAUACAUUUUUCGAGGACACCCAUCCAUUCAAUGGCUGCCCCCUGUCCUGUUUUUAUGUUGAUUGACACUUUGGGUACCGAUGUUACCUAAAUGCCCUUUGACCUUUUUUGAAUUCACACUAUGUUAUGGCUGUCAUUGCAAUGCGGUGGAGACCAUAGAAACACAACCUGUCUAGCUGGAUCACAUCUAAUCCUCUCCAGUCGACACACUGGAUGCUGUGUUCCCAGCUUCAUCUUCAUGAGGCCACAUGGCUUUAUGAUGAGAUGAUGGUUGGAUUGUUCCUCUCUGUCCAUCACUUGUGUUAGAUGAGCGCUAUAGUUUAGCUCUAUGGAAGGUUCACCUGCCCUCUCCUUUUAACAUAGCAGUAACUUCAACUACUUAAUCCUCAACAGACAAGUCUUCCUGGGAGCUGCAGUGGUACAAUCGAUUCCCUCUGUACCAACCGCUUGAAUUGCACUUGGAAAAUAAAUGCCUUUUUUAUUGUAGACAAAGUAGCCAUAGACUGUAGCAUGAAAAUUCUUGUAUAGGUAUGUGUCAUGCUACAUAAGGUCUGUCCACCUGAAGCAGCACAGCUUUGAGAACAGUAGAACCAAUAUGAUCUCCUGUAAAUUGGAUUUACACACACAGGGUUUAGUUGAAACGGAUUGCAGAAGUGCGUUUGGUAUAUUCAUACUAGUUGACGUCGCUGCUCAUAGAUCUAAAAAGUAGCAGAAAGCCAGCAGCCAUUAGGAAACAUACUGCACUUCCCUGCUGCUACAGACUCGGUGUAGUUUGAAAUGAAUGUGCAUGAAAAAAUAGCUCCUGUGAAUUGAACCGCACAGUAUGCGUUGUAGCAUACUACAGGACUCUGAACAUGAUGUCCUGGACCUUGAGUGUUAAAAGCCUUAGCAUCUUUGGCGAGAGUGGAGUGCAGAGUCACAGCUUUAAAAAGAUUUGAGCCAAGCCUCUUUUUUGUUGUCAAUUUUGGCCAUUUUGUAAUUGGUAGAAAUCCUGGAGCUAUCAAUACAUGUAUGCAGCAGUGUUUCAAAUAAACAAAUCGUGGCAAGGUGUUUAACUUUGAAUCCCAUUCUAUCGCAGCAUGGACAAAUUAACGAUUGACCUGCAUUUAAUUUUUUUAUUUUUAAAUAUAAUAGUUUUAGUUGCAUAUUUUACAUGGGGUCAAAUCCUAUAAAGCACAUCAAUUCAGAAGUACGUACGGUGGGGCUCCUAUGGGAUUUCAACAGCUACUGGGAACCUUUUAUAUUAGUGUUCAGACCAAUUUUAGCUGUCCACUUUCCCUCUGAGUUUGGGCAUUUGGGUUUGGAAUUAUCUUGCUUUAUUAGUCCAAAUUUAACUUGCAAUCACAUCCAUCUAAGUAGUAAGUAGCCUAUUAUAAUUUUUUUUUGGUGUAAACCCCCCCUUCAUUAUCAACUCUUUCCUCUGACUUCUGUCUUCUGCUAGUAAGAUUUGUAGGAAUGGACUAGACCGCAUGUUGUAGUUAAUAAAGGAGGUACAUCAUGCAUUUUCAUUUUGGACUAUACAAAAUAUUCCCACAUGAACAUGUUCCAAAUAGUUGCCAUUUACCCCAUUUAUUCUAUUGAACUGUUUAACAACAUUUGACUGGACCCCUGAAUCUAUUUCAAUUUUCCCCCUUUUGUCACAUGUAGACACACCUUUUUUGUUGUAAUUUGCACCUUGUGGAGACUGUCCAGUUUGAUUAUCUGUUGCACUUUGUAAGCGUUUCAUCAGGAUUCAAGAAAACAAUUGGUACUUGAGGCUGUAGUUCUUUUUUCGUUGUCAUUUGUUAAUUGAUUACUACUGUACCUUUUUGAGUAUGGCAAUAAAGCAGAGGUCAUCAGGUCACAUUUCUCAGCGCAGGUAUAUUCUAUGGAACAAGAAUAUUUUUCUAACUAAAGAGCAGUAUUAUAGUAUAGAAUAAAACCAAUAUUGUCCUGUUAUUAAUGAUAGUUAUCACAAAGUUGACAUUUCAUUUUCUGUAACAUUGCUGACCGUUUAUAGUCCUGUUUAUAAUCCUUGCUUAUGUCACUCAAACACCAAGGUAUUGGACUCUUUAUAAGCUUUCAAGUGAUUAAGAAAAAUAAAAAUCUAAUGCAAAUAUAAA